AUAAAUUGAAAGCCUUUUGCUGAUAAAAUCACAAAGAGAGAUCAGCAAUGAGGAGCUUGAGGUUGAGAACAGUUGUUGUUGCUACAAUAGUCGUUUGUCUAUCGGUCCUCCUAUCUCCCACCGAAGUGGAUGGAAGCUGUGACUUCCCAUUAGGUGCUUGUACUCCUUUCCGUGAUUGCAAGGAGAGUUGCAUCAAGUUCAAAACGAGGGCUGGACAGACUUUUUUUGAUGGCAAGUGCCGUCCAAGGGAUAGGCCGAGCGUGUGGACGGCUUGUUUCUGCUGCUAUUAUGAUAGUAUCGGUGCUCAAUAAGAAAACAUGUGAUUCCGAAACCAUAUAAUCGACAUCGCUUUGUUCUACUCUGCUUUGCUUUUGUUUGUUGUACUCUGCUUAAUCCAAUAACAGAGAUAACGUUUCGAAUAAAGGUUGGAUGUUUUGUGACAA